AUGGCAGAACCAAUGUCUGCUAGCAAGAGUGCUGACCAUUCUGAGGGAGAAGAUUUCGAAGAUGCUCAGGAUCGAAACGAGCAUACUCAAGCACCUGCCGAUCAGUCAAAUGUGCCCGAGGACCCCUCGGUAUCGUCAGACAUAAACACUGGUCACGACCGGCCGAAGAGUGGAGAGACUACGAUGUCAGAUUUGAGUGCUGAAGACGCUGUAGUCGAGACAGCCAGUAGUGUCCAGGUCGCGACUGCGGCACCUAUAGCACGUCCGAGAACAGAAUCUCAGGUAUCAAUUGCUUCAGGCAAGAGAAGGCAAUCGUCUGUGGCAGAACCACAAUCUGUCAAGUCCAGGGCUCAGUCUAUAGACCAGGGUCAGAAGGAUAUACUAGCGAAGGAACAACCGAUGAAACCUCCACCACGGCCUUCCAGGUUCGCGAACUUCUCAGCCUCUUUACCCUCCGUGCCAUGGGGUGGUCCGGCGAAAACCACUACAGAUCGCUCGCCCUCUCCUCAACCUCCUCCAAAAGACCUCCCAAAGCGAACCACAUUCGGUUGGCUGACUCGAGCUACUAGCGGAAACGCACCCAAAUCUCCCACCCUUCCUUCGAGACCUCUACCAGAUUCGAGAAGAGGAACAACUGCUUCAGUAUCCACUUUGGGUAGUAACCAAGAUCUCACGCUGAGAGCGAUUGAUGAAAGCUCGGAGCAAAAUGGAGGAAGACCCGCAAGAAAUUCUUUGAAGGAAAGGUUCAAAUUAUUGCGAUUACGAGAGGAGGUCGGUAUGGCAGCACUUGACAACGACGAGCAAGCCGCUGGAGGUGCAGUCGCUGGCCUCAUCGGGCGUACGACUAGCUUGACAGUCGGCAUCGCAAGUCCAGGAGCAACGGAUGAUGGGAACGUGGCUCCUCUGAAGUCCCCAUCACUACCGAUGUCCUCUAGUCCAGCUCCCACUAUCGAUCAGAGUCUAGCUCCCGGCACUGUCUCCGGCUUCUCUGUGGCCGCCGUCGAUUCGGCUGCUCCUAUUGAUUGGGACUUCUGGCAGACAGUCGUGAAUGAAGGUCCGCAGGUGGUCGCACGAACCAGCCCCGAAGAACUAACCGCAGCGAUAGCUAGUGGCAUUCCUGCGACUAUUCGGGGCGUUAUCUGGCAGGUGCUUGCAAGCAGUAAGAAUGAAGAGCUGGAAUCAGUUUAUUAUGAGUUGAAAUUGCGUGGCACGAAAGACGAGCUGCCGCGUGCCGCCUCACCCCCUCCGCAGCCAGAUACGAAAGAGAAGGACUCUACCGUCUCAUCGCUAUCAUCAAUUAGGUCUGAGCAAUCUACUCCCGCCACCAGCACGAACAUUGUACAUUCACCCUCACCAUCGACCGAACGCAACGACCCUAUUCAGGACGCAAAAGCACAAGCACAAGCUGCCACAGACCGAGCCAAGCGGGCCAAGGAAGACUCGGCAGCUCUUUUCAAACUCGAAAAGAUGAUCCGUAGAGACAUGGGCUCGAGGACAAGUUACUCCAAAUACGCAGCCGCAGCUGGAUUUCAAGACGGCCUUUUCAAUGUGUGCAAAGCGUAUGCCUUGUUUGACGAAGGAGUGGGCUACCCACAAGGUAUGAAUUUUGUUAUCAUGCCUAUGCUGUUCAACAUGCCCGAGGAGGAAGCAUUCUGUCUACUGGUGAGACUGAUGAACAAAUAUCAGCUAAGAGAACUUUUCAUACAAGACAUGCCAGGACUACAUCUGCACUUGUACCAAUUUGAGAGACUACUCGAGGAUUUGGAGCCAGCACUUUACUGUCAUCUACAUCGCAGAGGUGUUUCGCCGAAAUUGUAUGCGACUCAGUGGUUUCUCACACUAUUCGCCUACAGGCUUCCAUUACAGCUGGUUAUGAGGGUCUUCGAUUUGAUCCUUUGCGAAGGCUUAGAAGGAGCAAUUCUGAAGUUAGGCAUGGCCCUGAUGCAGAAGAACGUCGACAGCUUGCUGGCGAUGAACGACAUGCAGGCACUAACAAAUCAACUGAAAGAGAGAAUUUUCGAGCCAUAUAUUGACACAACACCCAACUCUAAAUCAAUCCUGGAAUCUGGAUUCUUCGGCAGUUCUGGAGGAUCAGAGAACGACAUAUAUCGUGCAGACCUGCUAGUGAAAGAUGCAUGCUCUGUCCAGCUGACUCCCGAAAUGUUAAUGAGAUACACCACGGAAUGGGAAGAAAAGACGCGAGCCGAGAAGGCACGAGAAACAGAGCUCGAAAACCUCAGGACCGACACAGCCACCAAAGCAGCCCAAAUACGCUCUCUGGAACAACGAGCCGAGAAGUCGGAUUUCGAACAUAUUGAAAUUGCUAAUGAGCUGGUCAAACUCAAGGUGCAAAACCAGGACCUGAUUGACGAGAACGAGAGUCUCAAAGGUCAAGUUGAAGAGCUCCGAAAGGUCGCUGAAAGUGAAGCGUCCAAGGUUGAAGAAGCAAUGCGAGAAGGCACUGAAAAGGUCAUGCAACGCAACAUCGAGGUCCAGAAUGAGAAUCGGCACAUGGAAGAGCAGAUGGCCGAAAUGGAGAAAGAGCUUGUUGAGAUGAAGAUGAAAUAUGCUGAGCUCAACGGCGAACACGAAACUCUCAGACAACGAUGGACAGACCUGAGGAAGGCCAUAGAAUGA